GUUAACCAGUUUUGCAAUAUGAUCGUUCAGAUUGAGGCACAAACGAGGCCAGAUUGUCCUGAGUUUUGUCCUGCAGUUUAUCAACCCGUUUGUGGAAAAGCCAAAGUAAGGGGACAAUUAGUGCGAUGUGAAUUUGGCAAUGGAUGUGUAAUGGGUGUCAGCGCCUGUCGUCGUAAAAUAAAUUGGUGCGAAAUACCCUUGGAAAAGUGUAAGGAUCCUUCUCCUAACUGCAGUGAAUUACGCUAAUCUAUAUUAAGUUCCACAAAUAAACAAUAACAUUUUAUGUACUCA